UUCUUCGUAUCAGUAACUAACGGACUUUGGAUCAACUAGUAAGAAAAUUAGAAAUGACAUUUUCUACUUUGAAAAGAAUUUUAUGUCUAUUGAAAUUCGUCAAUAUAGUCAAAUGAACAAAAUACUGUCCAAAGGUCAUUUUAUGUCCUCAAGUUGCUCAUAUAAAAAUAUAAGGAAGUUAAUACUUACAAUCAUCUGCCUGCUAGUCGUUUCAUUAUUAUUAUUGUCGUUUUACAGUUUGAAAUCAUUCAAAUUGCCUCUUUAUUUUUCAGAUUACAAAACCGAACAGCACAAUAUUUUUUUUGUUGAAACAUCAAGUUCUUCGUCGCUGAACAUUCGUCAAGCAUGUGCAGUCGAAUCGACUGCAAGACAUUAUCCUUCAUCUCUUAUUAAUGUAUUAAUGUUCACAUCAAAUCCAGACAUACAUAUCAACUUCACGUUAUUACCUAAUGUCAAAAUACAACGGACAAAGUUUGAAAAAGUAUUUGAAAAUACGCCAUUGUUGGAAUGGUAUAUUGAAGGAAAGUGGAAUAAAAGUAACUAUAAAAUAUCCCAUCUGAGUGAUGCCACUCGAUACGCUUUAAUUUGGAAAUAUGGUGGAAUGUUUUUAGACUUAGACAUUGUCAUGAUGAAAACUUUUCCGUUUUAUAAGAAUUUCGUGAUUAAAGAAAGUAGUAAUCAACUGUGUAGUGGUAUUUUCGCAAUGGAGCGCAACCACACUAUACUUUACAAGUGUAUGGAAUACAUCAAGCAAUCAUACGAUAGUAAUUGUUUUGCCUGCAUCGGUCCGUUAUUAAUUACGAAAGAAAUCUCUUCAUUCUGCCACCAAGAAAUUACAGAUAACAUAACAAAACAGCUCGAUUGCGGUAUUAAAGUUUUCGACCCAAUAACAGCUUUUCCUGUAUAUUACACUAGAUGGCGCGAUUAUUUCUCGUCUUCUUCAGCAGAAAAUGUUUUACAGCGAAUAAAUAAUAGUGUACUAAUCCACGUGUGGAAUAAAUUGUCAGCAAACAAAAAAUUAAAACCAGGUUCGGGUAGUGCGUAUGAGUUAUCAAUGGCAACUCAUUGUCCUCUUGUUUAUGAAAAGGCUGUUCACAUGGAAAGUUUAUAAUUAAAUUUAUAACUAAAACAAAAAAUUAAAGACAGUCUGCCCAAAAAGGGGUACCAUUUAUUUUUCGUGUUCCAGACUUCACAUUCACGGCGACAGACCUUCCUUUAUAGGCUACUAGUAGCCGGGGAGGCCCCUAGUGGGCGUUUUAGCAGUAUUACAAAUUCCUAUGAGGCAUGUUUAAUGCACUUAAUAUAUGAAAGUUGUGUGUGCUUAAUUUUUAAAAGUUUGAUGUACUUAAUAUAUAUAAAUGUAUACAACUGUUCAUCUUAGAAACUAAACUUAAAAAAUCAAUACGCAAACAGCAAACAGUAUUUGUACAUGAGAAAGUGAAGCUAUUCUUUAUUCAAAAUUGUUCAAUAGAAUUAAUAUAAUUAAAAAAUCAAGUAUAAAUAUAUACAAAUCUUCAUGUUAAAAAGUAAUGUUAACAGAUCAAUAUACAGCAAACAGUAUUUCUGUAUUACAGA